GCUCCUAAACACGGUGUCACGCGUCAUUGGUAUCACGUGACGUGUGUUGACAGUGGGGGAAGAAGGAAGAUGGCGGCCCGCUGGAGCAGUGAGAAUGUGGUGGUCGAGUUUCGGGAUGCGCAGGCAACCGCCAUGUCAGUGGACUGUCUGGGCUCACACGCCGUUCUGUCCGGGCGGCGUUUCCUCUACAUGGUGAACCUGGAGGCUCCGUCUGAACCGCCGCGUAAGAUCGGCCGGCAGAGUAAAUGGGACGUGGGGACGGUGCAGUGGAACCCUCACCGGUCAGAGUCCCACGUCUUUGCUGCCUCUAGUAACCAGCGUGUAGAUCUGUACUCCUGGAGGGGCGGCUGUGGAGAAGUUCACACCUCUCUGCAGGGACACACCCGGGUCAUCAGUGAUCUGGACUGGUCCUGGUUUGAACCAGAACUCUUGGUCACCAGCUCAGUGGACACCUACAUAUACAUCUGGGACACCAGAGACACUCGUAAACCCACUGUGGCUCUGUCUGCUGUUGCUGGAGCCUCUCAGGUGAAGUGGAACAGAAAGAACCAAAAUCUGCUGGCCUCCAGCCACGAUGGAGACGUUCGGAUCUGGGACAAAAGGAAACCCAACACUGCGGCAGAGUACCUGGCGGCUCACCUGUCAAAGAUUCAUGGCCUCGACUGGCACCCCGACAACGAGUUCAUCCUCGCCACGUCCAGCCAGGACAACUCUGUGAGGUUCUGGGAUUUCCGACAGCCCAGAAAGUACCUGAACAUUCUGUCCUGUCAGGUUCCAGUGUGGAAGGCCCGAUACACGCCCUUCUGCAACGGCCUGGUCACGGUGAUGGUUCCUCAGCUCCGGAGGGAGAACAGUCUUCUCCUGUGGAACACGCUGGACCUCAACAGCCCCGUUCACGCCUUCGUGGGUCACGACGACGUGGUGCUGGAGUUUCAGUGGAGGCCUCAAAAACAAGGUUCCAAGGACUACCAGCUGGUGACGUGGUCCAGAGAUCAGACUCUCAGGAUCUGGAGGGUGGAUCCUCAGCUGCAGAAGCUGUGUGUCAGUGACGGGGGGGAGGAGCUAACGGAGGCGAUGUCUCUCGCUGUGGAGGAGGAGACGUCUCUGGUGUCUCAGGAGCCCGGCGGUCAGUUCAGAGUCGGCCUCAACGCCAACAACCUGCACGAUCAGGACGCAGCUCUGUCCUCUGUGGGGGGUUCAGGUGUCCCUCAGACGUUGCAGCAGGAGUUUUCUCUGGUCAACCUCCAGAUCAGAAACGUUGAUGUGGAGAUGGACGCGUUGAACCGAAGCUGCGUGGUGUCGGCUCACUUCGGCAGCCAUCAGGUUCACCUGGUCGUCAAGUUUCCAGCUCAGUACCCAAACAACGCCGCGCCCACCUUCCAGUUCGUCUCCCCGACAACCAUCCCGUCUGCCACCAAGACCAAGAUCCAGAAGAUCCUGACCGACACGUCACUUCAGAAGGUGAAGAGGAACCAGAACUGUCUGGAGCCGUGUGUCCGGCAGCUGGUGUCCUGUCUGGAGUCUGACAUGACACAAGAGGACGGCCCCGUCUCUGGCCCCUUCGUCCUGUCCAACCCGGUCACUCCGGUCUUGCAGGUGUUCCCCCGGGUCACCAACACUUACGGAUCCUAUCAGGACGCUAACAUCCCGUUUCCUCGGACCUCCGGUGCUCGUUUCUGUGGCACCGGAUGUUUGGUUUACUUCACACGACCAAUCACCAUGCACCGCUCAGCCCCGCCCACUGAGCCCACCCCCAGGUCCCUGUCUGCUCUGUCGGCCUAUCACAGCGGAGUAUUGACGCCCAUGAAGAUGCGUUCAGAGUCCCAGAGCACGUUGAGGUUGUACAGCGGAAGUCCGACUCGCUCCGACAAAGACACUGUGUCCAUCUCCUCCUUCUACUAUAAGGAACGGAAAUCCCGGCGCUUCAAAACAAAGCGCGAGGGAAGCGACUUUGGAAACCGGCCCAUCAAACUGGCGGGAAAAGUCAUCGUCCAGGAGAUCUCGUGCCUGCUGCCGGUCCACAAAGCUCUGGGAGAAAGUUACAUUCUCAACAUGAACGACAUCCAGGAGACAUGUCAGAAGAAUGCGGCGGCGUCGCUAAGCGUCGGACGCAGAGACGUCGCCAAGGUUUGGGCGCUGGCGUCUGCAGCCACCAGCCAGUACCUGAGUCCAGAACCGGACCCGGACACAGAGACACCGUGGGCCCGACACCCGUUUGGACGCCAUCUGCUGGAGACUCUCUUGGACCACUACAGCCACAUGAGUGACGUUCAGACUCUGGCGAUGCUCUCCAGCGUGUUCAGAGCUCAGGCUCCGCCUCCAGACUGCUUCUCCCUGUACGGGCAUCAUCCAGCUCGCUCCUCCAACCACUCUCGUUACCCCAGCUACACGUCCAGCUCCGUCGGCUCGUGCUCCAGCACCUCUGACUCCGUCGCCACCUGGAGCGCAGGGAGAGACCCGGAGUCUGGCAACCCCUGGGGAGAGUCCUCCCCUGACGACUUUCGCCAUGGCAACCAGUGUUACGCCGAUCCGCGUGAACGCGAGCGAGAGCAGCACGAUAUGAACAAGAGGCUGCUGGACCCGGCCAACACGCUGCAGUUUGACGACUUCAAGAAGUGUUACGGAGAGAUCCUGUACCGAUGGGGUCUGAGGGAGAAACGGGCCGACGUGCUCAAGUUCGCUUCCUGUCCGCCAGAACCACACAAAGGGAUCGAGUUCGGGGUCUACUGCUGUCACUGCCGUAGUCAGGCUCGUGGGACUCAGUGCGCCGUGUGUAAGCGACUCACCUUCCAGUGCGCCGUGUGCCACGUGGCUGUCAGAGGCUCCUCCAACUUCUGCCUGACCUGUGGACACGGAGGACACACCACUCACAUGAUGGACUGGUUCCGCCGGCAGGACGAGUGUCCGGCUGGCUGUGGCUGCCACUGUCUGCUGCAGAGCACCUUCUGAUGCUGGACCAGGUCCUCCUGACCCACCAGGAGCAGCCCUGUGUUGUACUCAACUAACUCAACAACUGUGUUGUACUAAAACAAAGAUAUGAGACAUAUUAAUCACUAGUCAGUCUCUAAAUGUGAAGAACACACUUUAUAAAGUUUGUAAAUGCCUUUUAAUCUGAAAACAUAUUAAAGUCGGUGUGAAAGUGA